CCCUUAUGGAUAUUCAUAAUGAAUAACCUGUUCAACCUGACUAAGAACAGGUGCUUAAGUGCAUGAAUAAAACAUGAGGCACUAAUAUGUUUGGUGUGCUUCUAGGACUGUUGUCCCUGAUGUUUUCAAGGCACCAGGUCCUGCGGGCAAGUGCCGGAGCUGUCGUAAUGCUCAUGCUGAUGCCUCAAGAGAAAUGAGAUGUGUUUCAGAACCAGUCUGUGAUGUUGUGGAGAGGUACGAGGAUUACCAACCGUGCUUCAUGCUCAUGGUACAUCGAAUAAAUAGGCGAUUCACAUAUUGAAGUGCAGCAACCUUACUUUGGAAAAAGUCACCGUGAUUUGUGAGUGAGUUUUUUCUUUCUUUUUUGCCGAUAUUUGAGCGUUGAUUUACAGGAGGCAACAUCUGGAGUCGCGGAAAUCUAGUACAGAUUUUGGAUACUGUUGCGCUCACAGUGAUCUUUCAAAAGAAGCCGUUUCUCGGAGAGUGACAGUGCACUUUGGAUUGAGGACUUAAACACUUGGGAGUGAUGGCGGCGUCGGCACCCUCCUCCUCCUCUGGCGGUGAUCCGGAUCCCAACUCGACAAAUUUACGGCCACCCUCCUCAAACUAUGACUGGAGUGGAGUCGCACAUGGAUGUACGAGAAAGCUUGGAAUGAAGAUAUGCGGAUUCUUGCAGAAGAACAAUAAUGUUGACGACAAGAGCGGAAUUGUCGGCUUUUUUAACGACCAGCAGCCAUCCAAGAGCAUUUUCACACAGGACAACGAGCGAGAGUCUCGCCUCAGACGCACAGAGACAGACUUUUCCAACCUAUACGCGCGAGAUCUUCUUCCUGCAAAAAAUGGAGAGGAGUGUACGAUCCAGUUUCUCCUGGAGGUUGUGGACAUCCUGACUAACUAUGUGCGGAAGACCUUUGACAGAUCCACCAAAGUGCUGGACUUCCAUCAUCCCCAUCAGCUGCUGGAGGGAAUAGAGGGGUUUAACUUAGAGCUGUGUGAUCAGCCAGAGAGCCUGGAGCAGAUUCUGGUGGACUGCAGGGAUACACUUAAGUAUGGAGUUCGGACAGGUCACCCAAGGUUUUUUAACCAGCUGUCUUCAGGUCUAGACAUUAUGGGUUUAGCGGGCGAGUGGCUAACUUCUACAGCAAAUACUAACAUGUUCACAUAUGAGAUUGCUCCCGUGUUUGUUCUGAUGGAACAGCUCACCCUGAAGAAAAUGAGAGAGAUUAUCGGCUGGCCAAACGGAGAAGGAGAUGGCAUUUUCUCACCAGGAGGAGCUGUCUCAAACAUGUACAGCGUGAUGGUGGCGAGGUACAAGCAUUACCCUGAAGUUAAAAUCAAAGGCAUGGCGGCCGUUCCCAGGCUGGUGCUCUUCACCUCAGAACACAGUCACUACUCGAUAAAGAAGGCGAGUGCAGCGCUGGGUUUUGGCACAGAGAAUCUGAUCUUGCUGAGCACAGAUGAAAGAGGUAGAGUCAUUCCAGCUGACUUGGAGGCCAAGGUCAUUGAUGCCAAGCAGAAGGGAUUUGUGCCGAUGUUUGUGAAUGCCACGGGUGGAUCUACAGUUUAUGGAGCUUUUGAUCCAAUCAAUGAGAUCGCUGACAUCUGUGAGAAAUACAACCUGUGGCUUCAUGUAGAUGGAGCGUGGGGCGGUGGUCUGCUGAUGUCCAGAAAACACAGACACAAAUUGAAUGGCAUUGAGAGAGCCAACUCUGUAACAUGGAACCCGCACAAGAUGAUGGGCGUUCCGCUACAAUGCUCUGCCAUUCUGGUCCGUGAGAAGGGUCUUCUACAGGGCUGCAACUCCAUGUGUGCUGGAUAUCUUUUCCAGCAGGAUAAGCAGUAUGACGUCACAUAUGACACGGGAGAUAAAGCCAUACAGUGUGGCCGACAUGUAGACAUCUUUAAGUUCUGGCUCAUGUGGAAGUCAAAGGGCACCAUUGGUUUUGAGAAGCACAUAGACAGAUGUCUGGAGCUGUCUGAGUAUCUUUACCACAAGAUAAAGAACCGUGAAGGAUACGAGAUAGUGUUUAAAGGGGAGCCGCAGCACACCAAUGUGUGUUUCUGGUACAUUCCUCCAAGCCUGCGAGGCCUGCCGGAUGGACCGGAGAGAAGAGAAAGACUCCACAAGGUUGCCCCUAAGAUCAAGGCGAUGAUGAUGGAAUGUGGGACAACUAUGGUGGGCUACCAGCCACAGGGUGAUAAGGUUAACUUCUUCAGAAUGGUUGUCUCCAAUCCAGCUGCCACCAGGUCAGACAUCGACUUCCUGAUCGAUGAAAUAGAAAGACUGGGACAGGAUUUAUAGACAGGAAAAAACAUUUUGGACUAUUGUAUCAGCUGGACAUUCUAGAAUACUUAGGGGAACGCUCUAGAAUAAUGAAGAACUAGAAUGUUCCACCAGGGUCAAGAUGUAGAAAGCUGAUCAAAUUUAGGACAUUUCAGAAAGCGGAGAUGGUGAGCUCCUUUGGUUUUAAUAUUAUUCCGAAGACACAUGUAUUUCUUUUUAUGACAUUAAACGGCUAAUCAUUGUCCCUGAAGUAAUGUUGCAGCAUCAGUACAGUGCUGUUGUGUUCAAAGAAUGAGCCAACAUUAUAUUUUGUGGCAUUAGAGCUUAACUUGUUUUAAACACAUUUCCUUUCAAAUCCAGAAUGUGUCUGAAUAGGCUACUAAAUCAAAAUUAACGGAGUUUUAGAAUAUACGGUAAUAUAUCACCGUCUAAUAACCACGUGGACCAAGUGUCAUAGCUGUUAUGUAAUAAGGACGGAUCCUCUAUGUACUGUCGUUGUACUAAGUACUGUAUUGAUACACCAUGUUUUUAACAUUUGUGUAAAUUGUGAUUGUUUGUGACAAACAUACAUCACAUAGUUUUUCAGUAAGACAUGUUUGAAUAGUGCUAAAGAUUAAAUAGAGGUAUUUGUCGAGAUAUAAUUCGUAUCGCAAGACUAACUGUGUAAAAGAAGUCUAUUUAUACCCUGCCAGUACCUUGAAUUUUGAGAGACAAUGUUUAUCUACAUUGUUUCAUUGUCUUAGAUAUUUUACUUUAUUUAUUAACCAAAGACAUAAAUGCCAUUUAGUUACAAAUCUGCACACCUGUAUAGGUAAUAACGAAAAACAGAGAUCAUAAAAUAAAUCAUGUAGACUGAGGAAUUUAUGUGUAACAUCUGUAAUAUCAAUAUAAGCAUUUCAAAACUGUACUGCCAUGCAAUGAAUGUUGUCGUCGAGAUCUGGUUUCUGAUGUUCACAUGCUAAAUAACACUAAAAUGAUCAUUUAAAUAAAAAAGGAUAAAUAAUAGAGUUUGUGGUGCUGAUAUUUAGUUAAAGUAAGAGCAUUUAUUAGUAGUUGUAAGUAGAUUCAGUCAGUUCGUGUCUUUCAAAUGACUAAUACAAUUCCACAUUCCUAAACCAACAAACUUUAGGAAACUAUGCUAACAGUUUGCGUAUGCAAUGCUUACUUAACUCUGGCCGGUGAAUGUGAAGUUGCUCUUGACUGAAAUGACUGUAUUUUAACCCACAGUCACAGGCUGUUUUUGUGCAAUAUUGCUGUUCACUGUCACCAGUACAAAUAAACA